CGACUACGUAAGACAAUUUAUCCAAUCAACGUUCAAGUUUUCCUAUCUCCUUUUUUGCAUAGGAGCCCUACAAAUAUUAUGAGUGAAUGAGGCAGUACAUGUGGCGUUUUACUUUGGUUUAAGAAAUCUCUUUUUGUCAUGCCUGAUCCUGCGAAAUCCGCUCCAGCCCCGAAGAAGGGCUCCAAGAAGGCGGUGACCAAAGCGCAAAAGAAAGACGGCAAGAAACGUAAGCGAAGCCGCAAGGAGAGUUAUUCCGUGUACGUAUACAAGGUGCUGAAGCAGGUCCACCCGGACACCGGCAUCUCGUCCAAGGCCAUGGGCAUCAUGAACUCGUUUGUCAACGACAUCUUCGAGCGCAUCGCUGGUGAGGCGUCUCGCCUGGCGCAUUACAACAAGCGCUCGACGAUCACAUCCAGGGAGAUCCAGACGGCCGUGCGUCUGCUGCUUCCCGGGGAGCUGGCCAAGCACGCCGUGUCCGAGGGCACGAAGGCUGUCACCAAGUACACCAGCUCCAAGUAAGCCUGUCAUGUAAGCGUCUUUACAGCCAUCCACAAAGGCUCUUUUAAGAGCCAUCCACUUUUUCAAGCUUAAGAGUUGUAUUAACUUGUAUAUUUUCUGUAAUUGCUAAGCAGUUUUUUUUUUUUUUUCACUUCCUAUGCUAAGACUGUUUUUUGUUUGCUACUGUUGCUGUAUACUAACGUUAAAAUAUACACCACCCCCAUCACCACCCCAGCCAGCUUUUUGGCUGACUGAAAAGAAAAUAUUGUACUUCAUUGUUACUUCAUUGUAGAUCAUAGUAAAAAUGUUGUCUCUUGCCUCCACUGCCCACAUUAGUUAAAAGACUGGAAAUUGGCUCAAGUGCAAAUUUCACCUAAACUUGUGAAGUGUCCCUUAUACGUUGUUUCCAUAAGAAGUGAAGAGAACUUAAAAUUUGGUUAUACUCCUUUUGUUGGUAUGUUAUGGUAAGAAGAAAAUGCAAUUUCUUAGUUCCAAUUUAAUCCCAUUUCUACACAUGUAGCUUAAAACAAUAUCACUCCUGAAAAUACUAAUAAUAGGAGCAACACUGUUCAUAAAAAUACAAACAAGUUUGAACAUAACUGGCACCAAGAUGGGCCUAUUUAUCUAAUAAAAGGUUAGACCUUUGGCAAUAUGCUACACUGGGGCUCAUGAUUCAGCCAGUCCAGGAAAGAAACAUCUUUAAAAUGUUUUUGUGCCUCUCAAAAUUUUUUUUCUCUUCUUCCAGUGUGAAUUUUUUAAUGUGUUUAUCUUGGUUGGCCUCCCCCAAAAAAAUCUACUUUUUAAAUGAAUCAAAUCAUACAAUUCACAAUAAUUACAAACACUACUACUGCCCUGUCCUAUGUAGACAUAUAUAAAAGUACUGAAAACACACAUUUCCCCAUGUAGCUAUAAAUCUAGAUAAGGUUAUGAACAAGCCAUGAAUGGCAUAUCAGGUAAAAUAAAUGCUAAUAAUGUACGUUCAAAAUGUUUUUAGAAUUGAACCCAGUCAGGAAAAAAGUAAUAGUAUUCUAUAUUCCUGUAUAAUUCCUUGUAUGAAUAACAAACUUUCUACUCCUAUACAACACGUGCACAGGCAGACACACAACACGCACAACAUAUAAGUAUUCAAACAACAGAACACACAACACAAAGAACAAAGGCAACAAGAAAUAUCUAAAAACAUAUAAAACCAGGUAAAUGUAUGUGAGAACUACCUUAUAUUGUUAUAGUCCAUUUUUACUUUCUACUGACCCAGAAGUAAAUAUCUAAACCAAUGUCUAUAUAAGCUUUAGGGGAGCUCAUGAACUCCUGAAAUGAAAAGCAAAAACGUACCCAUAGGGGAAUUCCCCUCCCAGAGCAGAUGGUAUAUAGCUUUCAAUAUUUUGUGACUAAUUGUAUCAGGCAGAAAAAUACCACCCCAAAUAUGUCUAAGUGUUAAUUCCUGGAAACUUUGAAUACGUUAGAUUACAAGGCAAAGGGGAAUUAAGGUUGCAGAUAGAGUUAAGUUUGCAAAUCAACUGGCCUUAAAAAUAGGGAAAUUAUCCUGAAUUAUCCAAGUGAUCCCAGUGUAGUCACACACACACAAACCUGUUGCCCUUGAGUCUAUUCCAACUUAUGGUGACCUGUCCUUAAAAGUGGAAGAAGGAAUCAGAAUAGAGAACAGAGAGAAGGCAUGUAGAGAAGGAUAUGGUGAAAGAGGGCCAUGAGUCAAGGAAAGUGGUCAGCCUCUACCCAGAACCACAUCCACUGCCAAAACCACAUCCAUGUAAGCACACUACCAUAUCUUUCUCCUCUGAGCAGCUAGUGGGUCCAAACUGCUGACCUCUCUCUCAGUUAGCAGCCAAGUAGUUUAACCACUAUGGCACCAGGGCUACUGGUUGGCCUGUAAGAGCUGGAAAACGCAAGGUAAUCUCCCCUAAAUGCUCCAGAAAGGAAUGCAGCCCCGCCAACACCCUGCCUUUAGCUGAGUGAAGUUUGUAUCUGUACUUCUGAAAUGUACAACAGUAAAUUUGUGUUGUUUUAAGGUAUAAGCUUGAGGUAAUUUGUCACACCUGCAAUAGGAAACUAAUACAGUUUAAGAAGUAUUGAAUAAUUCAUUCAAUAAUAUUAUUUAAGAUAAUGACAGCAUAUAUACUUGAAUAUACACAUACUAUUGAAGUUAUGAUAAAAUAAAUGCAAAAACUUUGUAAACGUUGCGGCUCAUAUAAUUUUGAAACCACUCUUAUUUUAACAGCAACCUACAUUUCCUUUUUCAGGCUAUGAUAUUGCUUUAACAGCAGGAAGUCUAAUUUCAUAGAUCAGCCCUUCCUCUACUCAUUGUAUUUUAUUAUUACCUCUGAUAAUAAUACAAGUGACUUCAAAGAGCUCUCAUGCAUUAUCUGUAAAGUAUAAGAUUAAUGGAAAAUUCACUUCAUAAUACCCAUAAAUAAAUAACUUCAUGAAUAAUGGAAAAUUCACUUCAUAAUACCCAUAAAUAACUUCAUGAAUUAUAAAACUAUUUUCGUUGUCGUUAUUGCAUUUGUUUUCACAAAAAUGUCAAUAGAGUU